UGUACUAUAUUUAUUUAAAAAAAAAAAACAAAUUCCGUAUAGUCUCUUUUCCUCUCUAUUGUUUCACUAUUUUUUUCUUUGUAAUUCCAAAUUAAACACCGUUGAAGUUAAGCUGAUCGAAGAACACAAAAAAAAAAAAAAAGGAAAAUUCAACUAUUCUCUGUUUCGUCUACGGCGAUUACUUUUCUUCCAUGUUAAGAAAGAAUUGAAAAAUUCUGAAAUUAAAGAAAUUGGAUUCGGGAAUUAGAAAAAAGAAUCCGAGGGAGAAAAAAUUAAGAGAAAAGAAGCCGAUGGAGACGAUACAGGAUCUGAUCGACGAAGCCAAAGUACGGACGGUUUGGUGGGCCAUUGCUCUGUUUGCCGUCACUUACUUCUUGUCUCAUACAAGUACAUCUAUGUGGAUGAAUUUACCUAUAGCAAUUCUUAUUGUUUCCGCAUUGCGAAUUUUAAGUAAUGAGGUUGAGUUUAAAUGGAAAGUUAAAUCAGUUCAUCUGCAAACUUAUUUAUCUCAUUUGGAAAAGAAACGAUUGUCAGUGAAUGAUUCUCGGCUUUCUAGUUCACCAGCUCCGCCCAAGUGGAAGCGGAAAAUUGAUUCUCCUAUGGUGGAGGCUGCUGUCAAUGAGUUUAUUGAUAAAAUUCUUAGGGAUUUUGUUGUUGAUUUGUGGUAUUCAGAGAUUACUUCAGAUAGGGAGGCCCCUGAGUUGAUGCGCGCUGUGAUUUUGGAUGCUAUUGGUGAAAUAUCAGUAAGGCUGAAAGAGAUAAACGUUGUUGAUUUGCUAACAAGGGAUGUAGUUGAUUUGAUAGGAGAUCACUUGGAUCUUUUUAGAAGAAACCAAGCUGCAAUAGGCGUUGAUGUUAUGGUGACAUUGUCAUCUGAGGAGAGGGAUGAAAGAUUGAAACACCAUCUUAUUGUUUCUGAAGAGCUUCAUCCUGCGCUGAUUUCACCAGAGAGUGAGUACAAGGUUAUUCAGCGGCUUAUUGGUGGAGUUUUAGCCAUAGUAUUGAGGCCACGAGAAGCUCAAUGUCCUUUGGUUCGAACUAUUGCUCGUGAGAUUGUAACUUGCUCAGUAGUGCAACCUCUUUUAAAUUUGGCAAGCCCUGGGUAUAUCAAUGAAGUGAUUGAAUAUAUUCUGCUUGCCAUUAAAGAUGAUAUGAAUAAGGUGAUGGUAGGUUUUGAUCAGUCUUCAGUGGGAGUGCAUGCUGAUGAUUCUACCACAAGCAAAAUUUCACCCUUAAACAGUCAAGGAACUGAUUUGACUUUGGCUAGAAUUGACAUUCAGAAAGAAACAUAUUCAGAUUGCAAUAAAUACGCAGAAGAAUCAGUGCAGCCUCAACAAGCUGAUUGGGCUCGAAUAUUAGAGGCAGCAACUCAGAGAAGAACUGAAGUUCUUGCUCCUGAAAAUCUUGAAAACAUGUGGACAAAAGGAAGAAACUACAAAAAGAAGGAGAAAAAAUAUGUAAAAUAUGGAGUUCAAGAAUGUAUUCCAAAGGGUUCUGUGACAAAGAGUGCUCUAUUGACUGGGAAUUCAGGAAGUGAAAUCUCUACCAACAAGAUUGGAACUUAUAUAGGAGGGGAAGAGCAAAAUGUGAUGCGGCUAAUUCCUGCCUUAAGUCUUGACACUCAAUUAUGUGAUGAUAGCACGACUGGUACAAAGUUAGAUCCGGAGUUUAACAAGUUAUCAUCAUUUGAAGGAGGUAAUCUUGUUAACAAAUUUAAUGAUGCUAGUGAGCAAGCUGCUGAUAGAAAUAAAAGUAGGCUGAAGAGAUCCAGUAGUACCUCUGAUUUGAAAGUUGAACCUGAUACAAAGAAGGCACUUACAGGAGAUGUUGGAGGGCCUAUUAUUUCAGAGUUCUACAGCCCUGAUUUUGGCAGGCAUAGUGAACAAUAUAGGGGUAAGAUUGCCUCAAAUAUAGUACUUCGCAAUGAGGGGCCACAUGUUCCCAAGCUUAGGUGCCGGGUUAUCGGAGCAUACUUUGAGAAACUUAGAUCAAAAUCUUUUGCAGUUUAUUCAAUUGCUGUGACAGAUGCGGAAAAAAGAACUUGGUUUGUCAAGAGAAGAUACAGGAAUUUCGAACUGUUGCAUCGACAUCUUAAAGAAAUUCCUAAUUAUACAUUACAUUUGCCUCCCAAAAGGAUAUUUUCGUCAAGCACCGAAGACGCUUUUGUUCAUCAGCGCUGCAUUCAGCUUGACAAGUAUUUGCAAGAUCUGUUGUCUAUAGCCAAUGUGGCUGAACAGCAUGAAGUGUGGGAUUUUUUAAGCGUUUCCUCAAAGAAUUACUCUUUUGGAAAAUCUUCAUCGGUGAUGAGAACACUUGCUGUCAAUGUGGAUGAUGCUGUGGACGAUAUUGUGCGCCAAUUUAGAGGAGUAUCUGAUGGCUUAACGCACAAAGUUGUAUCAUCUUCUUCCCCUAAUGAAGCUUCUUCUUCAGUCACUGGCAGGACCUUGUCAUGGAAUGCAGAUGAGAAGGCUAAAGACAUUUCAAGGCAAAGUAACUUAGUUACAGUGAAUAGCGCUUCUGAUAAUGAAGGUGACAAAGAUGGUAGCCGUGCUAAUGAGGAUAACAGAUCUGGUUCAGGUGGUCAUGGUUGGCAUUCAGACAAUGAAUUGAAUUCAAAGAGUUUGCCACCACAGGUGUUAGAGCGUGGUGGAGAGUUUGGCAAUUUAGUUUCUGAGAAACAUAAUUUGGGUGUGAAACCUGAAUUGGUUGGCCAUAGUGGAUCUCAGUCAGUAAAAUUUUCAGCAACGUCCAGCCAUUUGGAGGAUCCAGUUGGAAUGCCCCCUGAGUGGACACCGCCUAAUGUGAGUGUUCCUUUGCUGAAUCUAGUUGAUAAGGUGUUUCAACUUAAGAGAAGAGGUUGGCUAAGAAGACAGGUCUUUUGGAUAUCUAAGCAAAUAUUACAGCUGGUGAUGGAAGAUGCCAUUGAUGACUGGCUUUUAAGGCAGAUUUAUUGGCUUCGAAGUGGGGACACUGUUGCCCAAGGGAUACGGUGGGUUCAAGAUGUUCUCUGGCCGGGUGGUACAUUCUUUACAAAAAUAGGGAACGCUCAGAGCAAAUUUGAUGAUUCUCAUCUUGACCAGACACCUUCGCAGAACUCUAGCCAAUUUGGUGGGAGUAAUGUCUCUAAACCUGGGUCCUUUGAGCAACAACUUGAGGCUACUCGUAGGGCAAGUGACAUAAAAAAAAUGCUUUUUGAUGGAGCUCCAACAACCUUAGUUAGCUUAAUUGGGCAUAAGCAAUACAGACGGUGUGCAAGAGACAUUUAUUAUUUUACUCAGUCUACUAUAUGUAUAAAGCAACUUGCUUAUGCAAUAUUAGAAGUUGUACUCAUAUCAGUAUUCCCUGAGCUACGGGAUCUUGUGAUGGAACUUCAUGGCAAGAAACAUAUUUAAGUAGCUUUGGAUUGAGGUUUCUGGUUCUGUUAAGAUAGCAGAUUUUUGUCUGAAUGAACAAUGAAGGCUUAGAAAGGAAAUUGUUUCGAGGAACCUGAAGAACGAAAUAGUCAUUAAGCAUCAUCUGUCUCAGUGGCUGUGCCUGUGAUAUUCACUUAUACAAAUCACUGCAAGUACCAUAUGGGAUCUUUUUUUGAGAUUUAGGAUAUAUGCUGAUUUGUACUCAGAGAACCCCCUGUACUCAGAGAAAAGGAAAUAUGUUGUAUUCGUUUCACAUUCCAAAUGUACAGAGAAUGUAGAUUUAGUUUGUAUAGCUAUUCAGUAGGAGCUAGGAAUUUUGUGUUGAUUUGUUUUGGGACAUUGAAGGAAACAUUAAGUGAUAUUUUGUUAUUCAUUCUUACGACGAGAGGUUUUGGAAUUUUUUUGGUAUACAGGACACUCCACCUGAUGGAAAGAGGAGUUAAAUUGUUGAGAUUUGAAUACUAAUGUGUUGAUAUGUUUACUGAUAUUUUAAAGAUGAUCGUAUCAAUCAUCUUAUUUAAGCAGAGUUUGCGGUUUUGAAAUUUUUAGUCGUUUAGUUCUUAAAACUUAGAACACGCAGAAUAUGCUAAGUUCGGUUCAUAAAAGAAUGUGGAAGUACAGAAAAAAAAAUGGUAGGUAAUUCAAGUAAAGAAAAUUUAGAAGGGAGCGUUUCGUGUCGCUCACUAUGGGUGAUUGGGUGUUGUGGCCCUCGAUUAAUGUCUCAUUGUUUCCUACACAAUCAUUCACUACUUCUCAGUUCACUAGUCAGAAGUCCCGAUCCUGGCGAGAGAGAGAGAGAGCAAUGUUAUGCAAGAGAAAGAGAAGCGCAGAGAAGGGAAACGGAGGAAGGUACGAGAAGUUGAGAGAGCAGAAGAUCAAAGAGAACAAGCAGAGGAUGCAGAACCUUGGCGUUUUGAACCUCUCCCUGAAACUCACACUAAAGCCAAUCCCUUUCCUUAAAGAUCCCAAGAAACUCUUCUAACGACAAAACCCACAUUCCUCUUCCCGUUUCCCAGCAGCCCCCUAAGACGCUCUUCUCG